AUGGCGGGCAGGCGCGGGCGUGGGGCGAGCUGCCGGCGGGCGGCGAUGGCGGAGGCGGAGGCGGGGCCGGCCGUUCCCGAGGAGGCGGUGAACCGCUGGGUGUUGCAGUUCUACUUCCACCAGGCCAUGCGUGCCUACCGCGCAGGCCGCGCCCGCGACUUCCGCGAGCUCCGCGACGUCAUGCAGGCUCUGCUUGUGCGGCCCCUCGCCCAGGAGCCGGCCGUCUCCCGCCUGCUCCGGAUCAUGCAGCUCCUCUCCCGGAUUGAGGAGGGCGAGAAUUUAGACUGCACCUUUGAUAGAGAAUCAGAACUCACUCCUCUUGAAUCUGCGAUGGGUGUCCUGGAGCUUAUCAAGAAAGAAUUUCCUGUGCCUGACCCAAAGAUGGAACCUGUGAAGAAAACAGUGAAGGAAGCUGCUAUCAUCAUUUGCAUUAAAAAGAAAGAGUUUGAUAAAGCAUCAAAAAUUAUAAGAAAACACAUGGCCAAGGACCCCAGCAACCAGAAACUGAGGACAGAGCUGCUCAGCAUAAUCCGUGAGAAGAAUGCGUCUCAUCCAAUCAUCCGAAACUUCUCCUACAAGCUUUUCCAGCAGAGCAUGCUCCGGUUCUUGGAGACCUACAUGGAAGAGUCAGAGCCUACGCUGCUAACGGUGGUGAAAAAGACUCUAAAUUCAGAACAUGUGCAUGAACCUAAGGGCCUCCAAGCCACAUCAGAGCCCCUGGAAGACUCUAGGAAUGCAGCAUCCACUUCAGAGUCUCUGGAAGCCUCUAGGAAUCCAGCAUCAGCUUCAGAGCCCCCAGAAGCCUCAAAGGACCCAGCAGAAACGCCAGAGUCCCCGGUAGCUUCAAAGGCCCCAGAAGAAAUGCUAGAGUCCCUGGAAGCCUCAAAGGACCCAGCAGAAAAGGCAAAACCCCCAGAAGAGUCAAAGGACCUGGCAGACACUCCAGAGCUCCCAGUAGUUUCUGAAGACCCAGCAGAAACACUAGAGCCCCUGGAAGCCUCCAAAGUGACAGCAGAAAUGCCAGAGCCCUCUGAAGCCUCUGAGGACACAGCAGAAAUGCCAGAGCCCCCAGAAGCAUCCAAAGACCCAGGAGCUGCAUCAGAGCCCCAGGCAGCGUCUCCCAUACAAUCUGAGAGGCAGCCCCCUGGGACAGUAACUGCGUUUGGGAUUUCUGUUUUGAGAGAAGCCUUCAAGAUCUUGUCGGAUUCCCGAGAUUCUGAAGCCACCUUCAGCCAGCUGGAUGAAACAGACUUUUCUUUCUCUAAGCAACUGUCUCCUGUAUCCCACAGAGCUAAGAGACAAAGGGUAGAGGAAAGCCCAGCUUCUGAUGCUUCAGAAACCCCCAAAUCCCCCUCAAAGAACCAACGCUUGUUGAACAUAUGCACACUGCUUAUGCGUGAGGACAGCCAGAAGAGUGCCACCACUGAGAGUCCAGACUCAUCCCAGGAGCCUGUGGUGUCUUCUGCAUCCAGGCCUCCUGUCGAGAAGCCGCCUGUCCAGCCUGGAUCUUCUGAACGUUCUAAGUCACUCAGAGCAACACGAAGAGUCUCAAACAGGCCAGAAGAAAGGGACACCUGGAGUGAUGAAGAUGAGCUCUUCCUGGAUGCAGCAUCACCUGGGAAGGACAGUCGGAAAUCUUCGAUCUCUGGAAGCAAGAAACAGAGGUGGACAGUGGAGGAAAGCGAGUGGAUCAAACAAGGAGUGAAUAAGUACGGAGAAGGGAGAUGGAAAGUCAUUUGUAAAAAAUAUCCCUUUCGCAACCGCACAGCUGUGAUGAUCAAGGAUCGCUGGCGAACCAUGAAAAAACUGGGACUUGACUGAGAAUGAGACUUGGAGAGCCAGCAGGCGCUCACUUCUUCUCCAAGAGACCAAAGCAAUGGCUGCUGCAGCAGAAAGGGUCCUAGUCCCCUUCCCCGGCACAUGUUGGAAACAGUGGAGAGCUCUUGUGGGCACACAGGAGGGUCAUGCACUGCAGCAGGAUGAAGCUAAAACUAACGGGAUUUCAGGAAUGUUCUCUUUCUAGUUCUUGCAAGUUGUUAACUCUAAAUCUGCAUCAGGCGACAGGCGCCGUGCAGCCUGGUGUGUACGGAAGCAGCCUUGGAAGUGACAAGGGUGACAUUUUAUAUGUCUUUG